AAAUAAAGAAGAUUCAAUAUGGCAGACAAACUUACCUACUAUGAAAUUCUUGGUGUGUCGAGAGACAGCAGCGAAAAAGAGGUAUGUUUCGCUAGUUAUGAUUACUUUAAUGGUUUUUUUAAGUUCAGAGAUACAUUUUUGAUGCUAGGUAGGGCAAAUUUCGGUCCCUGUUGAUCAAUCUGAGCCUAUUCCAAUUUUCGCUGUGGCUAUAUGGCCGGUAACCGGUCAAGGUUUUCAAAAUACUAAAUGGCCGGCAGUUCUCUAUUCUCAGUAAAUUUCACAAAAUCGAAAGGUUCCAGCUAAUCUAAACUAUAAUAUGUCGGUUUAGAAAAGUCAAGCGAUCCUGAAAUGCUUUACAGAUCACAAGUCUAGCGUUUGGUUUGCGCUGGGCUCAGAGGAGGAAAUCAUGUUUUGUGACACUUAGAAAUUUUUUCAGCUCGACUGCCGGUCAAGGUUUUCAAAACACUAAACGGCCGGCAGUCCUAUAUUCUCAGUAAAUUUCACAAAAUCGAAAGAUUCUAGCUAAUCUAAACUAUCAUAUGUCGAUUAAGACAGGUCAAGCGAUCUUGAAAUGCUUUAUAGAUCUCUCUUUAUAGAUCCAUUUAGUGUUUUGAAAACCUUGACCAGUUACCGGCCAUAUAGCCACAGCGUACAAUUUUAGGUAAGCGUUCCAUGAACGUAGCUGAACUCUAAUGUUUUUAAUGAAGCAUUUACCAUGGACAUGUUUAAGUCUUAGGGACGAUUGUGUCCACUGAGCCAUCCGCGAAAAUACCUACUUUACUAAGACACAAUAAACUAAAUAAUCCUUUUCUCUCUCUUUAUUAAAAUUUCUGACUGUCAACUUCCUGGCUCCCAUGAUUGACCAGGCCAAUGUAUAAAAUUGUGGAAAUAAACUUUCCAUAAGCUCGAAUUUAAUUACGUUUUAAGAGUUCAUUUCUUUUUCCCUUUGUUUUUGUACAGAUCACAGAAUUAAAGCUUAUCGGAAAAAGGCACUAAAAUGGAUUUAUUGCACUUCAUUUCACUUUUUUUUGUAUUUUUGUACAGAUCACGAAAGCUUAUCGCAAAAAGGCUCUAAAAUGUCAUCCGGAUAAGAAUCCAGAUGAUCCAGCAGCAGUUGAACUGUUUCAUGAACUGUCCAAGGCUUUGGAGGUGCUCACUGAUCUAAAAGCUAAGGCUGCUUAUGAUGCUGUUCUCAAGGCGAAAGAACGAGCAAGAUUACGCACACAGGCGCUAGAUGCUAAGAGAAAGAAGUUCAAGCAAGGUAUUACACCUUUUGUAUUAGACCAACGUAAAUGAAUGAAUAGAUAAAUGAGACCCUGUUAGGAAAAAAUUCUGACAAGCGACGUGGUCUUGAAACAGCAACAUGAGACUAGAUGAAAAGGCAACAUGAGAUGCGUUAAAUAUCGACAGAGACAUGGCCUACUCCUCAAAAUGUGAAAUGCCCAUAUUUGAAUUUCAGACUAGGGACAUACUGGACAUAUUGGAAUCCAGACACCCCUCUCCCUGCAAAUGGACAAGAGUUGUAUUUUAAUUUUUUAUAACUUUUGUUUUCUAUGCCAUUCUUACAAACUUAAUGUUGUGUGUUUUGUAGAUCUAGAACAAAGAGAGGAUGCUGCAAGAGUUAAUAAAGAAAAUGAUGAAAUGGCUGCCAAAAAUUUACAGGCUGAGGUGAGCUGAAUAAUAUGAUAUAUAUGCAUAGUGCUGCAACCAUAACACACUUCUCUUCUCCACUGAAAUUAUGCUUCUAAGGAACUUGCUAAGUAUAAAAAAGAGACCUGGAAUUCCACUUAGACUUUAAAUGGCAUGGCCAUGACAAAUGUCACUGUUUAAUGUUAUUAUGGGUUAUAAUUAAUAUUAAUUCAGGUUAAAAUAUUUAAACCUAGUUGGAUUCUCAGUUUCCUUUGUCUGCUAAACAUAGGAUCAACCAUUAGGAAACGGAGAAUCUACCUAAGGUAAAAUUUAACCCAAAAUUUAAUUUCAUCGGAGUAAGACACGUAAAAAUAUUACGUUCCUACAUCUGUAAUACUGCAACUCACACUCGUGCAGUUUUAUUAGUGUAUUGUGAUUCAAUUUUGCUCUUGCUUCAAUUUUGUUUAUGCAUUAUAACGAGUUAAUGGGGUAACCACAACAGGCAUAUGUCCCUAUUUUUUUUUUCAGUGAUUACAACCUAGUGUAUCAACAUGUCUGAAUGUUUUUUUUUUGUUGCUUAUAUGUCAUUUGCACUGUACUGGGGCUGUCAACCCCCCUACGUCUUCAAAUAUUGACAAUUGGUAGGGAUGGGAUGAUAGAUGAUGUCAUAAUGCAUGGGACAUGGCGUCAUCUGUACAAAAAAUACUUGUUGACUCUGAUUGUCCCAAAUUUGCGAUGACUGUCACAAAAUGUGUGAAAAAGAUGUUGGCACUGUAACAUUUGACCUGAUUGGUUUACUUCCCACCAAUCACAUUAUUAUUAUAUCACAAUAGAAUACCAGAGUUUAUGAAAAAACGUUCAAUGAUAACAUUAUUAUAGCUCACAUAAUGCAAAAUAUUUGAAAUUUUAUAGUCGGAAUGUUGAGUCUACAAGAAAUGGCAAACUUUGAUGAUUAUCCGGGAAAUUUCUUACCCUAAUCUGGAGACUGGGAGAUACGGUCCAAAAAUUAUCUGGAGUCUUCUGGAUUAUCUGGGAGAGUUGACAGCACUGUGUACGUAUGAAACAAUAAACUCAUGUUAUUGAUUUGCAUUAGAUUGAGAGGCUCAGAGAGGAGGGAUCAAAGUUCUUACAAGAACAGCAAGAACUUCUUAAACAACAGUUAAACAAAGAGAAGGAAGGUAGUUUAGACAAGACCUCCUAUCAAGAUGUUGCCCCAAAAUUGAAGGUACAUGACCCUCAUGUUCAUCUUACAUGUUCCUUGUAGUAACUACAUUUUAAUUUUGUUAUUUUGUCUGAUUUGAUAUUUAAAAAAUAGCAAAAUAAAAAUACGAUUUCAGACAGUUUAUCCAACAGUCUUCAUUUUGAAUAUGAAAUUUUUUGUCAUUUUGUCAAAGCAGACAAAAUUCUUGAUUUGGAAAGAAUGAUUCAAUGUUUAUUAUGAUAAUUAUUACUAUGAAAAAAUGUGUAUUGCAUUAAUUUGAAUCAACAAUGUACGUGUACUUACAGUACUAAGAAGAUGAGAAUUACUGUUUUUAUGACCAUUAUAGAAAAUGAUAACAUUAAGUAUAGUUAAUUAAAAUGGUGCGAAUAAUAAUUAUCAAAUAAUGUGAGCACUGACGAUAAAUAUUGACUUAUUGUUAGGUGAGGUGGAAAAGCAAGAAAUCUGAUCUUCUAAACGGAGGAUACUCACAAGAGCUUCUCCAGUCAUUGUUUGAAAAGGUGCCAGUCAUAUAAUACUACCUGAUAAUUGAAAUAACUGAUAAUUUUUGUUAUUGUGCUUUGUACACUCUAUCUAUCUUCUUAUUAGCUAAGAUCCUACAGUUAAUUUUGGAAAUCAGCGCACUCUACAGAUUAGUUAGUUAUCUGCUAGCAGAUAACUGAUAAUCUGUAGGUUGCACACGCAAUGCAUGAUUUCCAAGAGCAAGGUUCUGUGCGAUGGUGUAUUUGUCCUUAAUUAUUUCAAAACAAUGUAUAAUAAAACAAUNCUGGGCUCAGAAGACGAAACCGUGUUUUGUGACACUUAGAACUUUUUCAGCUCGACUGCCGGUCAAGGUUUUCAAAACACUAAAUGGCCGGCAGUCCCAUAUUCUCAGUAAAUUUCACAAAUCAAAAAAAUUCAGCCGUUCUGAACUAUCAUAGUCGUGAUCCUGAUCAAAGUCUCUACGCGUUAGUUCCCUUCUGGAGCUGAAAUACACUUCAACAUUAUCUUGUCGACGUUAUGAUGAAACAAGCUCAGCUCCAGAAGGGAGCUAACGAGUAGAGACUUUUCCCGCCAGUUUUCCGCGGAGGCCGCAUGAAAGGUCAAGAUGUUAUGAUGUCAAACGUCGCCUGUUACGCCAUGCUUUGGACUCAAGUCAACAAAAACAUGAUAUAGAAAUCCCACAAAACCGGCUGGUUUGAUCAGGAUCACGAUCAGGAUCACGAUAUGGAUCAUGAUAGUUCAGAACGGCUGAAUUUUUUCGAUUUGUGAAAUUUACUGAGCAUAUGGGACUGCCUGCCAUUUAGUGUUUUGAAAACCUCGACCGGCAGUUGAGCUGAAAAGUGUAACAAAACAAACCAAACACUAGACUUGAGAUCUGUAAAGCAGUUCAGGAUCGCUUGACUUUUCUAAAUCGACAUAUGAUAGUUUACAUUAGCUGGAAUCUUUCGAUUUUGUGAAAUUUACUGAUAAUAUAGAACUGCCGGCCAUUUAGUGUUUUGAAAACCGUGACCGGCAGUCGAGCUGAAAAAAUUUCUAAGUGUCACAAAACAUGAUUUCCUCCUCUGAGCUCAGCGCAAACCAAACACUAAACUUGAGAUCUGUAAAGCAUUUCAGGAUCGCUUGACUUUUCAAUCGACAUCUGAUAGUUUAGAUUAGCUAGAAUCUUUCGAUUUUGUGAAAUUUACUGAUAAUAUAGGACUGCCGGCCAUUUAGUGUUUUGAAAACCUUGACCGGUUACCGGCCAUGUAGCCACAGCGUACAAUUUUAGGUAAGCGUUCCAUGAACGUAGCUGAACUCUAAUGUUUUUAAUGAAGCAUUUACCAUGGACAUGUUUAAGUCUUAAGGACGAUUGUGUCCACUGAGCCAUCCGCGAAAAUACCUACUUUACUAAGACACAAUAAACUAAAUAAUCCUUUUCUCUGUCUUUAUUAAAAUUUCUGACUGUCAACUUCCUGGCUCCCAUGAUUGACUAGGCCAAUGUAUAAAAUUGUGGAAAUAAACUUUCCAUAAGCUCGAAUUUAAUUACGUUUUAAGAGUUCAUUUCUUUUUCCCUUUGUUUUUGUACAGAUCACAGAAUUAAAGCUUAUUGGAAAAAGGCACUAAAAUGGAUUUAUUGCACUUCAUUUCACUUUUUCUUGAAUUUUUGUACAGAUCACGAAAGCUUAUCGCAAAAAGGCUCUAAAAUGCCAUCCGGAUAAGAAUCCAGAUGAUCCAGCAGCAGUUGAACUGUUUCAUGAACUGUCCAAGGCUUUGGAGGUGCUCACUGAUCUAAAAGCUAAGGCUGCUUAUGAUGCUGUUCUCAAGGCAAAAGAACGAGCAAGACUACGCACACAGGCACUAGAUGCUAAGAGAAAGAAGUUCAAGCAGGGUAUUACACCUUUUGUAUUAGACCAGCUAAAUGAAUGAAUAGAUAAGUGAGGUGCUAGGUGCUAAGAGAAAGAAGUUGAAACAGGGUAUUACAUCUUUUGCAUAAGACCAGCAUAAAUGGAUGAAUAGAUAUAUGAGGUGCUAGGCCGGUGCUAAGAGAAAGAAGUUCAAACAAGGUAUUACAUCUUUUGUAUUAGACCAGCGUAAAUGAAUGAAUAGAUAAAUGAGACCCUGUUAGGAAAAAAUUCUGACAAGCGACAUGAUGGUCUUGAAACAGCAACAUGAGACUAGAUGAAAAGGCAACAUGAGAUGGGUUAAAUAUCGACAGAGACAUAGCCUACUCCUCAAAAUGUGAAAUGCCCAUAUUUGAAUUUCAGACUAGGGACAUACUGGACAUAUUGGAAUCCAGACACCCCUCUCCCUGCAAAUGGACCAGAGUUUUAUUUUAAUUUUUUAUAACUUUUGUUUUCUAUGCCAUUCUUACUAACUUAAUGUUUUGUGUUUUGUAGAUCUAGAACAAAGAGAGGAUGCUGCAAGAGUUAAUAAAGAAAAUGAUGAAAUGGCUGCCAAAAAUUUACAGGCUGAGGUGAGCUGAAUAAUAUGAUAUAUGUGCAUAGUGCUGCAACCAUAAGAGACUUCUCUUCUCCACUGAAAUUAUGCUUCUAAUGAACUUGUUAAGUAUAAAAAAGAGGCCUGGAAUUCCACUUAGACUUUAAAUGGCAUGGCCAUGACAAAUGUCACUGUUUAAUGUAUUAUGGGCUAUAAUUAAUACUAAUUCAGGUUAAAAUUUUUGAACCUAGUUGGAUUCUCAGUUUCCUUUGUCUGCUAAACAUACGGUCAACCAUUAGGAAACGGAGAAUCUACCUAAGGUAAAAUUUAACCCCAAAUUAAUUUCAUCCUAUUAAGGCACGUAAAAAUAUUACGUUCUUACAUCUGUAAUACUGCAACUCACACUUGUGCAGUUUUAUUAGUGCAUUGUGAUUCAAUUUAUUUUGCUCUUGGUUCAAUUUUUUUUAUGUAUUUAAUAUGACAAGUUAAUGGGGUAACCACAACAGGCAUAUGCCCCUAUUUUUUUUUCAGUGAUUACAACCUACAGUGUAUAAACAUGUCUGAAUGUUUUUUUUUGUUGCUUACAUGUCAUUUGCACUGUACUGGGGCUGUCAACCCCCCUAUGUCUUCAAAUAUUGACAAUUGGUAGGGAGGGGAUGAUAGAUGAUGUCAUCAUGCACGGGACAUAGCAUCAUUUGUACAAAAAAUACUUGUUGACUCUGAUUGUCCCGAAUUUGCAAUGACUGUCACAAAAUGUGUGAAAAAGAUGUUGUUGGCACUGUAACAUUUGACCUGAUUGGUUUACUUACCACCAAUCACAUUAUUAUUAUAUCACAAUAGUAUACCAGAGUUUAUGAGGAAACGUUCGAUGAUAACAUUAUUAUAGCUCACAUAAUGCAAAAUAUUUGAAAUUUUAUAGUCGGAAUGUUGAGUCUACAAGAAAUGGCAAACUUUGAUGAUUAUCCGAGAAAUUUCUUACCCUAAUCUGGAGACUGGGAGAUAUGGUCCAAAAUCUGGAGUCUCCUGGAUUAUCUAGGAGAGUUGACAACGCUGUGUACGUAUGGAAUAAUAAACUCAUGUUAUUGAUUUGCAUUAGAUUGAGAGGCUGAGAGAGGAGGGAUCAAAGCUUCUUCAAGAACAGCAAGAACUUCUUAAACAACAGUUAAACAAAGAGAAGGAAGGUAGUUUAGACAAGACCUCCAAUCAAGAUGUUGCCCCAAAAUUGAAGGUAUGUGACCCUCAUGUUCAUCUUACAUGUUCCUAGUAGUAACUACAUUUUAAUUUUGUUAUUAAUUUUUGUCUGAUUUGAUAUUUAAAAAAUAGCAAAAUAAAAAUACUAUUCAGACUGUUUAUCCGACAGUCUUCAUUUUGAAUAUGAAAUUUUUUGUCAUUUUGUCAAAGCAGACAAAAUUCUUGAUUUGGAAAGAAUGAUUCAAUGUUUAUUAUGAUAAUUAUUACUAUGAAAAAAUGUGUAUUGUAUUAAUUUGAAUCAACAAUGUACGUGUACUUACAGUACUAAGAAGAUGAGAAUUACUGUUUUUAUGACCAUUAUAGAAAAUGAUAACAUUAAGUAUAGUUAAUUAAAAUGGUGCGAAUAAUAAUUAUCAAAUAAUGUGAGCACUGAUGAUAAAUAUUGACUUAUUGUUAGGUGAGGUGGAAAAGCAAGAAAUCUGAUCUUCUAAACGGAGGAUACUCACAAGAGCUUCUCCAGUCAUUGUUUGAAAAGGUGCCAGUCAUAUNAAUACUAUUCAGACUGUUUAUCCGACAGUCUUCAUUUUGAAUAUGAAAUUUUUUGUCAUUUUGUCAAAGCAGACAAAAUUCUUGAUUUGGAAAGAAUGAUUCAAUGUUUAUUAUGAUAAUUAUUACUAUGAAAAAAUGUGUAUUGUAUUAAUUUGAAUCAACAAUGUACGUGUACUUACAGUACUAAGAAGAUGAGAAUUACUGUUUUUAUGACCAUUAUAGAAAAUGAUAACAUUAAGUAUAGUUAAUUAAAAUGGUGCGAAUAAUAAUUAUCAAAUAAUGUGAGCACUGAUGAUAAAUAUUGACUUAUUGUUAGGUGAGGUGGAAAAGCAAGAAAUCUGAUCUUCUAAACGGAGGAUACUCACAAGAGCUUCUCCAGUCAUUGUUUGAAAAGGUGCCAGUCAUAUGAUAAUACCUGAUAAUUGAAAUAACUGAUAAUUUUUGUUAUUGUGCAUUGUACACUCUAUCUAUCUUCUUAUUAGCUAAGAUCCUACAGUUAAUUUUGGAAAUCAGCGCACUCUACAGAUUAGUUAGUUAUCUGCUAGCAGAUAACUGAUAAUCUGUAGGUUGCACACGCAAUGCAUGAUUUCCAAGAGCAAGGUUCUGUGCGAUGGUGUAUUUGUCCUUAAUUAUUUCAAAACAAUGUAUAAUAAAACAAUUAUUAGAUUCGGUUUUUGUGAUAUCCGGAAUAAUCAAGGUCUCGGUAGGUGUUAUCAGCCUUGGCCUUCCGAUCUGCUGAUAAGCUUACUUCGACCUUGAUUAUUGCGGAUAUCACAAAAGCCUCAUCCAAUAAUUGUUUAUUACUAUGCACCAUUACUAUCUUAAUUUUGACUGGCUAACAAUUCUGCCAGGCAUUACAUGUAGGGUUGAACCUGUAUUAAGCGGUGACCCUCGGGAAAUGGCUAAGUGACCGCUUAAUACAGGGUGACCACCUAAUACAGAUUGCAAGAAGUACAGUUCAAAGAAUUUGAUCUCGGUGCUGAUCUGAUCAGGCGUUUGACCUCAAAUAGAAACAUUUAUUUCUGGCACUUUAAUUUUUAUUAUAAUUAUUAUUAUUAGAAAAAUCUAUUAUACCCCCGGCCUUAAUAAUUCUUGCUAUCAUGCUCAACCUCCUCCAUUAACCAUAAAUUAAUAAUAAUUAUUAAUUUAUUAUUUUUCUCUCUAUGGUUUCCCAUUUUUCUCCGACACUAUAAUGUUCACCAUUGAUACAAUAUUUACAUUCAUCUACGGUGUAGCUCUUUAAAGCUUAUACCACAAAAAUUAAUUGUUAACUAACUAGUAGAUGUACAUUACUUUUUUAUGUAAUAAUACAAUCAUGUUUGCUUUCUGUUAACUUUAUAGUAUGGUGAAGUAAGUUAUGUGAUUGUCUCAUCUAAAAAGAAAGGAAGUGCAAUUGUGGAAUUCAAGUCAUUGUCCAGUGCAGUAAGUUGAUACAAUUCUUUUAUAGCAAUAGUCUCCCCUGGAGUUGAACCUCCAACCCAUUCUUUACAAAAAUAUACACUCAGCUCGCUUUGCACAUCUUGUUCCCUUACUAUGGAGUUGGGUUCCAGGCUUAAUGGAUAAAGAAAAGGACACAAUCCAAACUUUACUAGGAAAGCACAAAAAAUUAGUGCUCAGAAAAAAAAAACAGACAUGAUUUUGACAUCUGCCAUUUACACCUAAUUGCAAAAACGUUGUCAUUGGAAAAUAAGAAAAAGAGAGAGAGAGAGNAAGUAAGUUAUGUGAUUGUCUCAUCUAAAAAGAAAGGAAGUGCAAUUGUGGAAUUCAAGUCAUUGUCCAGUGCAGUAAGUUGAUACAAUUCUUUUAUAGCAAUAGUCUCCCCUGGAGUUGAACCUCCAACCCAUUCUUUACAAAAAUAUACACUCAGCUCGCUUUGCACAUCUUGUUCCCUUACUAUGGAGUUGGGUUCCAGGCUUAAUGGAUAAAGAAAAGGACACAAUCCAAACUUUACUAGGAAAGCACAAAAAAUUAGUGCUCAGAAAAAAAAAACAGACAUGAUUUUGACAUCUGCCAUUUACACCUAAUUGCAAAAACGUUGUCAUUGGAAAAUAAGAAAAAGAGAGAGAGAGAGAGGGAAUUGAAGAAAGCUAGAUAAAAAUAAAUUAGGCAGUCACACCACAUUCACAGAUCUGGUCUGAAGAAAAAAUGAAGCAAAAAACAUCUACAAUUUCUCAUCUCUCAACUCAAAUAAAUUUGGAGUAUUAUAAACUGCAAUAGUUUAUUGUCACAGGUUAUCAAAAAUUACAAUAUCAAGUAAUAUGCAUGGCAAAUUAAUUCCUAUUUUGCUUCUUUCUUUGUUGUUGUUGUUGUUGUUUUUUUAUGACAACAUAAUUUCAAUGACGUGUAGGUGUAUAUGUUGCAGUGGUGGAUCCAGGCCUUCAGAUAUGAGGUGGGGGGGGGGGUCAUCCAGACCCUGAGAUAAGCAGGGGUACAGUCUCAAAAAUAAUUUUUCUGGCCCUUCUGGCCUUUUUUUUAAUCUAAAAAUUAUGAGGGGGUGGUGGCCCCCCCGGAUCCACCCCUGUGUUGAAGCAUGAGACAGUCAAUAACAUGGAUAUAUCUGUUGCAGAAAGUCGCAUUGGAGAAUGAGCAAGGCACCUCUGACAACCCUCUGAAAAUCUCAUGGUUGGAGGUGCCAACAUCAGCAACUGACAAAGCAAACUCUGAAACUGUCCCUGAAGCAUCAAAUUCUGCAAAGGAAGCCAUGGUUGAAUCUAAGGUACAGUGUAACAUUAAUGUCAGUGAAAUUAUAAUCCCUGUAAACUGUUUAAUAGGUAAUAGUAUGAUUUAAAAUCAUGUUUAUGGAAAACAGUUCUUUUUGUAACUUUUUAAGGUACAUUGUAAGGUACAUCUUUUUUUCAAAAUGUCAUCCUUUCGUCGGUGAAUACCAUAAUCAAACAACUCUUUCAAAUUUUUAUGUAAAGAUCAGUAACCUGAAAUAGAACUCUCCAAAUAAAAAGUUGGGAUGUUGUCACAUUUGUCACCAUAUUAUUACCUUAGCUUCGUAUGGCCCAUGUACAGUACAUGUUUUAGCUAUCUGAAAGUAGUGACCACCUGAAGGUAAUGACCCUCUAAAAGUAGUGAUAGAAGAAGACUGCUAAAUCUGAAAGUAACAAGGGUUUUUUUGUCACUUUUGGAACUUUAUGGUAGUUGAAGGCUGGAAGGAAACCUCCUGCUAGCAGGCCAGGGUAAUGCCAACCUACACAUAGCUAAGGCCUUUGUCCCAGACACUCACCUCUACAGAAGGUGGACAAGAGUUGAGAUAACUACCAACUGAAAGCAACAGGCUACUUUUCUUGUUCACAAAAUACACGCAUAUUUAAUUAAUAGGGAUUUUAUUUCCCUUAUUCUUUGAACUGUCACUGACCAGCACUUUGCACAUACUUUUCAGCUUAAUGAGCCACCCUGUCCAUCAGAGAGCACCAUAUCAGACAAAGAUUAUGAAAGUAUUGUGCUGAUGAAACUUCGACAGUUUGAGGAAAGAAAAAGACUGAUAAAAGAAAUGCAGGAAGAAGAUGAAUCAUAA